UUCUUACUCUAGUGAAGUCUCUUCAGCAAAAGCUAGUACCUAGCACCCUCAGCAGUUGUUUUGGUCUGACUGACCGGUGUGGAAAAUGCUUCUUAUUUCCGCCGUUUGUGCGCAGUCGCAGAGGAUGCACUUCUGGUCCAUGAUCUGGCUCCAGACUUGAACGAGCGCUCAUGACGCGGUAAAUGGCAAAGGCAGAGAAGCACUUAGGCUGCACCAUCACCACUGCGCGGAUGCAGAGGGAUGACUGUAUCUUGGCGAUUUUACGGACAAGAAUACAUAUGCGCGACCAGGAGCGUGAAAAUGGCUGUGGAAAAGCGUCUGGCUUACUCAAUUGUGCAAUUUUUACGAGAUCAAACCCAUUCUGGAACCUUGAAUUCUGAUGAGCAAGAAAGCCUUGAAGUGGCAAUACAAUGUUUGGAGACUACGUUUAAGAUCAGCUCUAGAGACAGUCACCUUGCUGUGUCUGAGCCCCUCAGAGAGAUUUUUCAUAACGCUUUGCUGAAGAAUGACAAUGUCACUAUUCCAGAGACUUCUCCAUCUCCAGAAGAUAUUGAGAAAGCAGAACAACUAAAAAAUGAAGGAAACAACCACAUGAAAGAGGAGAACUACCACUGUGCAUUGGAGUGUUACACAAAGGCCAUUGAUCUGGAUUUGAGGAAUGCUGUAUACUACUCCAAUAGAGCUGCUGCUCACAGCAAGUUGGGUAACUACAUAGAGGCAACUGGCGACUGCGAGAGAGCCAUUAAGAUUGACCCUACAUAUAGUAAAGCAUAUGGAAGGAUGGGCUUGGCAUUGACAGCAAUGAACAAAUAUCCAGAAGCUAUUUCAUAUUUUAAGAAAGCUUUGGUUUUGGAUCCAGAGAAUGAUACAUAUAAAUCCAACCUGAAAAUUGCUGAACAGAAACACAAAGAAGCAACUAGUCCAAUAGCUGCAGGAUUGGGCUUUGAUAUGGCCAGUUUGAUUAAUAACCCUGCCUUUAUCAGCAUGGCUGCCAGUGUGAUGCAGAACCAGCAGGUGCAACAGCUUAUGUCUGGAAUGAUGACCAAUGCAGUUGGUAGGCCAGCCGCUGGAGUUGGAGGACUGUCAGACAUUUCCAGCUUGAUUGAAGCAGGGCAACAGUUUGCACAGCAGAUUCAGCAGCAGAACCCAGAGCUAAUUGAACAGCUGAGGAACCACAUCCGCAGCCGCUCAUUUAGUGGCAGUGCAGAAGAGCACUCGUGAGCAAACAGUCCACUACCUUUAAAGGCAACCCUAUGGCGAGGAUACAAUCUGUAGACCCAUUUGUUAUUGACAACUUCACUGGAAUGAAGAGAGGCAUGAAGUUGAAGGCACUUUAUUUAAUGUGUAUAAGUCAUAGUGGUCAAGUGAAACUGGACCAGAAGAGACCACAUCCCACUUGUAUUCUCUUUCUGAGGAAAAGUGGUACAUCUGCAAAAUUUUCUUUUUCAUUAAGCUAUUAUGCUUCAAUGGUUCUUUUUAUUGUGUAGACCCGGAAGCUUGUCAUAAUCUGUGAAAUCUGAGGAAUAUCCUUAUCAUUAGGAAAUAUUUCUAAUGGCAUACGACAUUUUAAAAGCAUAACUGUUUAUAUAGUCUGAUAUUAUUUUUGUAAAUCUCAAUUUGUCAAUAGAUUUUAUUCAAUGUCAUGUACUGCUCAUCAACAAAUUUGUUUUAAUUUCGUUUUUAGAAUUGUACAGCCGAAACCAUUCAUAUUAUAUUGCACCUUAGUAGAGAAAACUGCUCCUAAACCUAAUCUGUCUUUACACUAGUGACAAGAGUAUUGGUAUUAUUUAUUUUGCAUGCUCUAAAAUCUAGUGUUUCAGAUAGCAGUAAUAACAAGAGUCAUGUA